AUGUUUUCCCAGCUUAAAAUGACUAUUAUGCUAUCUUCUUUGGAGCUCUGGUCACACAGAAAUGAGAUUUCAACUAAUGGAAGUGCUGAUGACAUACUGCAAAGAUUUUUGUCAUGGAAACAAAAGUUUUCCUUUCAAAGAUCCCAUAAUAUGACAUAUUUAUUAAUUUAUGUGGACCAUCCUAAUUAUGUAGGAGCAACAUAUCAUGGAAUGGCAUGCAAUCCAAAGUUUGCUGUAGGAAUUGCUUUGUAUCCAAAGACAAUAGCUUUAGAGGCAUUUUCAGUUGUUAUGGCACAGUUGCUUGGAAUUAAUCUCGGAUUAACAUAUGAUGACAUCUAUAAUUGUUACUGUCCACAAAUUACGUGCAUAAUGAAUCCUACAGCAAUGUAA